CGCCGCCUCCGCCACCGCCAGGAAGGCAGCCGGCGCCGAGCAAGUUGCGAGCGCGCCUCUCCGCCUGGGGAAAGUUUCCCCCGCGGCCGUCGGCGGGAGUUGGCGCGGGGUCCGGCUGCUGCUGCUGGAAGAAUUUAUCCCGAAGCCAUCGAAAGGACACCUCAAGAGAACCCUGAGUCUCUCGGAAGGAACAGACACCAGUUGAAGCAGGUGGGCAUCUCCUGGACGGCCCAAGCUGGCAGUGGCCAGGCCAUCUGACACCAUCAUCAGAGUGACUUGAAACCUUUGACUAGGGCACCUAGAAACAGGCUUGAUCCUUUUCCAGACCUCUCAACACCGGACACUCAGAACAAGCUGGGCCAAUAAAAGAACACACGAGAGCCCCUCUGACCGGGAGAUUCUGUCCUGCUGACGCCCAAAGCGCUGCCCAGGUAGAACAACCAUGGAAGGCGACUGUUUGAGCUGCAUGAAGUAUUUGAUGUUCGUCUUCAAUUUCUUCAUAUUUCUGGGCGGGGCCUGCCUGCUGGGCAUCGGCAUCUGGGUCAUGGUGGACCCCACCGGCUUCCGGGAGAUCGUGGCUGCCAACCCCCUGCUUAUUACGGGCGCCUACAUCCUCCUGGCCAUGGGUGGCCUGCUUUUCCUGCUGGGCUUCCUGGGCUGCUGCGGGGCAGUCCGCGAGAACAAGUGUCUGCUGCUGUUCUUCUUCCUGUUUAUCCUCAUCAUCUUUUUGGCGGAGCUCUCAGCGGCCAUCCUGGCCUUCAUCUUCAGGGAAAAUCUCACCCGUGAGUUCUUCACCAAGGAGCUCACCAAGCACUACCAGGGCAACAACGACACAGAUGUCUUCUCUGCCACCUGGAACUCGGUCAUGAUCACGUUUGGCUGCUGUGGCGUCAACGGGCCCGAAGACUUCCGGUUUGCAUCAGUUUUCCGACUGCUGACUCUGGACAGUGACGAGGUGCCCGAGGCCUGCUGUCGGAGAGAACCGCAGACUCGGGAUGGGGUCCUGCUGAGCAGGGAGGAGUGUCUGCUGGGAAGGGACCUGUUCCUGAACAAGCAGGGCUGUUACACAGUGAUCCUCAACACUUUUGAAACCUACGUCUACCUGGCUGGAGCCCUCGCCAUAGGGGUGCUGGCCAUCGAGCUUUUCGCCAUGAUCUUUGCCAUGUGUCUCUUCCGGGGCAUCCAGUAGAGGGCGUGGCCUGGAGCCUGAAGCCUCACCCACCACCGCUGCCCAGCCCCCGAUGCCCUCCCCUACCCCGUGCCCCUGCCCCCUUGGCCCCAGGGGAGGAGGUGAGAUCAUGAUAAGUGGGCAGGAGAAGGGGCAGAAGAAAAUAGCUAUUUUUUUAACAAGAAAAUGAAGAUGAAACUACGAUUGUUAGACCCUGCCUGGUCUCCGGGUGGGUGCCAUGGGCUCUCUUCAGGGGCCCGGCACCUGAACCCCAGGAAGCUGUCUGCACUAGAGACCAAAGGAACCCCAGGGCCAGGUUCCGUCCUCGGUUCCACCAGCCUCUGGCAGUCGCAGGCCUGGGCCUUCUCCUCAGCUCCAGGUGCCAAGAAAGUGCAGAUCUAGCCAACAAAAGACAAAAGCAGCUCUCAGAGGUGGACAAAGCCCCCCAGAGCCCCAAGGAGACUUGGUCGCCUUGUUCUUAAGAACUCGGAACCUACGUUCAACCUCUGGUCCUCUGAUGGUGUUGUCCCUGCCUCGGGCUGGGGUCAGGAAUGGGCUGCAGACACUGGAUCCACGUGUGGCCUAGCUGGCAGCGUCCUUGCUUCCCUCAUCUGUUGGAUCACAUAAUCCAGAAAGCCCAGAGAGGGGCCAUUUUUCAUUCAGUCACACAGCAUAUGCAUGACAAUUCUGAACGAGAACCCAGUGGUCCCUUGGCUGCCUGUUGCACCUUCCAGGGCUCUGUAGGUCCCAGCAGGUCUACUGCUCACACCCCUCCCUGGCCUCAGCAUCCUGGCUUCCCCAGGAGAGAGAAAGCAAGCUGGUCAAGAACUUAGCAGCUCCACAGCUAAGAAAAUUCUGGACUGUCCUCCCUGCUCCCUUCCCACCUCCCCAUACUUCUUUCUAAGCCCCCAGGGACACGGACACUCACACACAUACUACAGUCACUUUUCUACACUGCCCACCUCUUCCCACAAGCCCAGCCCUUUCCCUGUUCCCCAACAACUCUGUGACUCCCAGGGCUGGAAGGAAUCCCCAAGACCAUCUGGUUCUCCUCUCCCCUCCCAGAACUGAGGCUUGGAUGUCUUCCACAAGAUUUCUGCCAAGACUUCACCACCCUCUUCUUGCAUACCUCCAAGGACGGGGAACUUUCUACCUCCUGAGACAGACUUGUCUUUGGACUGCUUUGACUUCUUAGCAUCAGCUCAGUGCACAUGAGAGUUCUCUGUUUUUCUCUGCUUCCAUCUGUGGCAUUCCACUUGCCCUCACUCCCCAAAGUGUUAAGGCCACACAGUGCCUCCCCCAAUCCCCAUUUUCUCCAGGCUAAAGAGCUCCAAGACACCUCAUUUCUGCUGCCAAAUGGCUUCUUUUCCCUUCAUGGGCUCUAGCACACUUCUGAGUGUUUCUUCCAGGCUGAGGUAGGCAGGUGUUUUCCUCUAGACCCACACCCACACAGCACCCACAGACCAGCCCCUCAAACACAGGCCAUGCAUUCUAGACCAGUAUCGGCAACUGUAUCGCAAGAUCCCUCCACCCCAGUGAAUCAGGAUUGCCUGCCAGGCCUGUUCAGAGGAUGGGAGGUUUGGGGACGGUUGGGGGAGGGGGGAAGGACAGCGUCAUCCUGAUCAGUGGUGUUGGGAUCGAUGGUGUUGGCCAAUCAAGGCUGGAUUAGUGAUGGCAUGGCAGUGGGAGGGGCAACACAGAGCCUGCUGUCCUCCUCCACAGUCCCUCUUCAGUAUCUGGGGAGAACCCAUUCUGGAUCCCAGACCCUGUGUCCGCUGCCAGCCUCCCAGCCUGCCAGCCCCUAGGAGAGACAGGGCUGUGCCUGGAGCCCCAUGCCUCCUGGCUCUGCCACCAGCCCCCUUUACAGAUGCAGCCCUGAGCUCUGUGCCUGCUGUAAAGAUCGGUUUUAAUCUCCUCCCCUUCUCUCCCCUUCCUCAUCCCAUCCUUAUGCUGCCCCUGUCCCCCAGUCCCAGGCCCUGCUCCUGGUCUCCAAGCAGGGACUUUCCAUAUUGUCCCUGGAACUCCAGACGUGUGGCCAUGAACCCCCCAGCAACCGGGCAUCCCUGGGACCCAGAGCCCCCUGCAGCUAGCAGGUAGCCCAGCCCAGCGCGAGCAGGACCUUGGACUUGGCUCCUCUCUAGACCCACACCCCCGUCCACAUGCUCAGCUCCAGCUUGGCAGAGGCAAAGGGCUGGUCUGAGCUUAGCAAAAGUAACAACAGCUGGCUUGGCAGGACUCAGGGUCUCGUGGGGCAGCUGUGUGGCUCUAGUCUGGGGGCAUCUCAGGCUUCCUGGUCCCCUCUAGUCCCCUACCAGCCAGGAGAAUCUGGGACCUUCAAGGUAAGAAGGGCCUGGCCUCUGGCAUGCACUCCCUUCCCAUCUCCAGUCGUGUCCAUUCUUCCCACCUCUUGUCGGCCCUGGGAAGGUCUGUGGGAGGCAGAACAGAUCCCAGAGGAACAUCAGGCUGAGGCAGGUUCAAGGGCGGAUGGUGAGCCUCAUCCCCCAGAGCUUUCCAGAAAGGUACCACGGAGCACCGAGUCCGCCGCUGCCCACACAGGGGCUGGAAAGGGAGAGCGGGCAGUCUCCAGCCGUGACCGUCUGCAAGGCUGCCUGGCAGACGGUCCGAGGUGCGAAGGACAGAGCCCAGUCCCAGUCUGGCUUGCCGCCUUCCCAGGCAUUGCGAUCUAACUGGGCCGGUUCACAUACAGACUCCGCACCUGUCAUCGAGGACAGGUACUGCUGGCGGUGGUCUGGCUGCAGGGCCAUGGGCUGUGGGGGUGGGGAUCCCUCUCUAAGGAGACCUCCUCCAGCCGACCUGCAGAGGCCCGAUGUUGGUCACACCCACACAGCCUGGCCUGGAGGCCGGGUUUCUGCUCCAGAGGAAACAGAAGCCGCCUGAGGGAUUCGGAGCCUCUCUUGUCCCUCUCACUCUUCCAGGCCUAAGGGGCCUAGACCGGAGACUCCAAACCAGCCGAGGCCCCAGCACCUCAUCUCCCGGAAGCCCCCUCUUCCCUUUCCCCCAUGGGUCCUAUGUUGAAAGUCUAUUUUGAAAACUGUAAAUGUUCCUCGCUAAUUUAUCAUGUUUAUUUCCUGUGAUCCCCCCCUUUUUAUAUUCUAUAUCAAGAGGAGUUUUUUGUAAUAUAAAACAGGACACCCACACUGAUGGUUUUGCACUGGUUUUUGUGACUGUUUCUUACAAAAAGAAGGAACGAAGAAUAAAUAGUGACUGUGAA